AGGCGAAUCCGUUUCUGCCGAGGCCCCAGCAGUUGAGACAACACAACGUGAUGUUCGGCACCCCAGGGAGACCGACACGCGAGGCGGCAGAGGAGGCGGACCCCAAGCGGAAGGCCAAGGGCGCGAAGAAAGACCAGGCAGAGGGCGAGGCCGUGGCCAGGGGAGUGGCGUGGCCGAGGUCGCGGACGCAGCGGUCGGCGGCAAGAAACGAACCUAGGAACUAGAGCUGAUGGAGGCGAUGGCGACGCGCACCCUGCAGUUGGACGAGGACUGCGCAGUCCAGAGCCGUGUUCAGAACUUCGUGCUGCAAGCGCCCUCGGAGAACGAGCUGAUGAAGGUGAUGGACUGGACUGCCGAACAGUACGACAAAGCGGGCGUGGAAGCUCGCAAAAAGGCAAAGGACGAGGAAACCGACUACCUCGGGAAUCCUUACGGCAAAAAAACAGUGGCCUUUUUCUCGGGAAUGUUGCGCCGCCUCGGCGGCACCUGCGAGAAAAAGGAGUCCCGAGAUGUGAUUCUCAAGAAGGUUGACGAUCGGGUUAAAAAGAAAGGGUUGACGAGUAUGGCGCACUCUGUGGCGACGGCACUUCUUGAUCAGUUGCCGCUGCGGGGGCGAGAGCAUCUGUGUUGCCGCCCAAAGUUUGUGUUUCCAGGUGCUUCAAUAUUGAAAUAAGUCAUGAGCGGUGGUGACAAUGUUGAUGUUGAGAUGGCCAAGUGGAUUUUCGCCAUUCCUCCAUACAAAGAAAUCGGGCCGAUGUUUCGAAUGCGCGCGAGGUUCAGUUGCUUCGUAGCAUAGGAAUUGAGUUAGACUUUGAUCAUGGCCCGAGGUGUCGGGCGGCCAAGAAUGUGGCCAAUAUUGCCUUUGGCUCUGACUCCGCCAAGGGCAGCGGUGCAGACAAGGGCGGUCUCUUCUCGAAAAAAGUUUCGAAGUCAGGUAGGUGAGUGGGGCCUGAGCAUGCCGCAGAGGUGGUGUGCGCUGCCUCGCGCGCGACUGUGGCGUGCGGCCGCAGUGCUGCGCGCGUCGAGGCAGGGGCCUGCCUUGAUGGAGGUGGCUACGCCUGACGCGCAGAAGCUUCCUGAACGGGCGAGCGGUGUGCAACCGUACACACACACACAUAUAUAUAUAUAUAUAUAUACACACACGUACGUGUGUUUCCGUAUCAAAUUUGGCUCAAGCUGCAGCGCGGCCGAGUUGCGGUAGAGCCACUUGUAAAUUUACACUUAUGUUCCAAACCAUUUGUGGUCAUCGGCGAUUUUGGCCUGCUUAUGCCUUCCGCUGCGGCGCCGUCAUGGCAUGGCGCUCUUGGGAAUCAUCUGGGGAUGCUCGUGGUGAUGCGCCGUCCUACUCUUCCAACCAGUGGCGCAAGGACCCUGCGGGGCAACGGUGCUUCAUCUGUACUGCAAUCAAGCGGUGUGGUGAUGAUGGGCAGCCCUGUACAACACAUGCAAAGUGUCAACGAUCCAAUGGCAACCCACAACGGUCAACUUCAGUGAACACCUUGACAUGAUUGCGCCAUGGGACCUGGCAGGCCGAAUCUUUCCAAAGUUCUGCAGAGAAGCACAUGCCUCCGCCGAUCGGAAGUUCGUGCCCAAUCCCAUAUGAGUGCUACCAUCCGUGAGUUUCAGUUUGAGGGCGCUGCGUAUAUUCGCCACCGUGCCAACAAACGCGCGUCUGCUUUGCCGCGCCCUGGGUGGAAGCUAGUCCAGGAUGGUGUAAUUCCUUGUUCAGACCAUCAAUGCUGUCCGCCAGAGAACUACGAGGAGCAAUUAGAUGUGUCGGCAGGGAUGGUUUCUUACAUUAUGUUUGUUGAUUCCGGGAACACAUUUGGAAACAUAGGUACCGUUGAAUUUGUUACCCAUUCUCAGCUGACGUGUCUGAUCGGUCUCCUGCGUCUGG